AUAACGAAACUGUGCGAUUUUUUCUGUUUCGAUAACAAUUCGUGUCAAUGCUAAUUUAUGUAAUUUCAAUGCUGUGGGCGUUUUAUUGAAUAAGUACUUAUUAAUAAACCAUUUUUAUGUAUCACCAGUAGACAUUAUUGUUAAUUGUAGUCGAAAAGCAUCCUGUUCAUCAAUCAAUGGUUUAUACGCACGUUUUUAGUUAAACUUUUCAGGUUUUUUAAAUUAAGGGGUAGUACCAAAACAGUAUUACGUGUCUAAGCAAAGUAUGCAAACAAUCCUCCUACCAGCAUCAAAUUUCGUUUUAUUUAAUUAAUUAUCCUGUUGUACCAUCAGUUGUGCUGAAGCAUUUGAAUAAGGCCCAUAAACAUGUUACGGCUGCAGUGUUUCAUCAUUUUACUGUUAAUUGCAAAUUCAAGCUGCGACCGAAAACUGUGGACCUACACUGCAAACGUUCGGGACAAGCAAAAUUGGGUGGAAGGUAAACAUCAGGAACAUUGCAAUGGUCUAAUUUUCCCAGAAACUGGAUCCUUAAACGAUUUUGUCAUUGGGCAAAUAAGCGUUAAAAGUGUAGUGCUACCCAGACGAGGCGAUGUAGGCCUUUAUCCAGGCUCUAGAAUUAUCUUUGAUGAGAACAGCCCGGAUCUGAUUAAUUGCGUCAAGUUGAAACCAGUAGAUGCCAAGUUUUGGGACGAUAUCAGAGGUUGGAAAGACUUAGAAGAUCCAGGCAACCCUGCAAUUCCCUACCACGAACGUCUGCCUUCACGGUAUGACGACGUGAUCUUCAAUGAUGUGAUGGAUUCCCGCAUACUCUCGAUGCUUCGUGAUUCUCCGGUGAAAAGCAUCAUAGUGCUGAAGGGUAAUUCCGAAGAUCUAAUGUUAUCGCACUUAUAUUCAAACGGCAAGUUCAUAAUUACAAACGACACAUGCUCAGAUCCCACUGGAUGUUCUUUAAGCCAGAUGGAAGUCCCGUACCAAAAUGAUGUCUGUUAUUACGCCUCCAUGGUAGAGCCGAGUCAUAACUGUGAAAGUCCGAUAGUCCCAUGGGGAUUUUGCCAAAUUCCUAGAUGUGGUGCAUCGAUUCUCAUUAGAAAUCUUAAAGUUGGAUUUCGGCUGGAGAGAAUUAAAAACAAGUUGCGGGAUUACAAGAGUUUCACUCAUGCCAGCAAAGUCCCGGGUUCCAGGCACGUGCAGGUCGUUUUUGCAGAAGUCAAUUUUACUGCGGUCAGUUUGGACGAGGCCCGAGAUUUCUACAAUUUGCUUCAGGCAGAUAACUCGUACUAUUCCGGCGACAUUCAGUUAUUGCUGUCCGGUCCCCCACUAAGCGACAGCUAUAAAAUUGUUAAGAAUGCUAUAUCAAUGACUUUGGGUUCUCUCCUGGUGGCCAUCCUCGUUUUCGGACUGCUACUGUUAGUCUUUUCUCCCGUAUUUGGAAACGUGGACAUUCGAACCCGUCUCUUAGGCAGUAGGCCCCUGGCCACCUACGUGCUUCGCUAUGACAACAUCCACGACAGAGGUUGCACUAUCGAUACUGUCCCAUCGAGGUCCAGUUCCCUAGUCAAUUUGAAUCAUUCGUUUGAGAACCCCGUAUAUGACCAGUCGACUAGCAGAAGCACUAGCAAUGAGACCUUAGCUUCAGUUAAGCAACUAAUUGUAGAUUUGCAGGAAAAUCCCAGCGGUACUAACCAGGCGCAGGCUGUCGAGGAGCAGUAUGAAUGUGACAAGGUUCCAUGUGCGGAAGAAGUACAAGAUGAAGCAAAAGUUUGAUAUUAAAUUCAGUUACUGAUUUAAACAUUUUCGUUCAUUCAACAACUGAUUCGAUAAGACGCGGAUUCUUUGCCUGAUUAGCAGUAAAUUAUGCGCCUUUCACUUUCGAGUUAAAUAGAUUUAGCGAUGUUUCUUCACAUACUUUCUCAUAAUGCCAAGAUUCUGCUGCAAUCUGAUCUAAUUGUAAUAAUCCGGUAAUUUGGCAGGAAUCUUCCGGAUUUUGCUAUUAUUCGAUGGUGGUUUUUUCGUUUGCAUAAUCCCCAACCAAAGAAAAUUAAUGUUACAUGAUUAUUUGUCAAGCUACUGUGAAAUCAUAGUUGCUCGAGACUAAUUAAUUGCCAUGUCAAUUUAGGAUUGUUCACGUUGCUGAGUUGAGACUAACAUAGUUAUUGAUUGCAAUGGAAGACAUGGCAUCUGCUCAAAAACUGGUUCAAAUAAAAUGUUGCAUUAAAGUACUUGAAAAUCGCAA